AUGCCGGGAGCCCUGGAAAGCCGUGUCCCAUCCGGCCCCCGCAACGUCAUCUCCAUCGUCAACGAGACGUCCAUCAUCCUGGAGUGGCACCCGCCGCGGGAGACGGGCGGGCGGGACGACGUCACCUACAACAUCGUCUGCAAGAAGUGCCGCUCGGACCGACGCGCCUGCUCCCGCUGCGACGACAACGUGGACUUCGUGCCCAGGCAGCUGGGGCUGACUGACACCCGCGUCUUCAUCAGCAACCUGUGGGCGCACACGCCCUACACCUUCGAGAUCCAGGCUGUCAACGGGGUUUCCAACAAGAGCCCGUUCCCGCAGCAGCACGUCUCCGUCAACAUCACCACCAACCAGGCUGCACCCUCCACCGUCCCCAUCAUGCACCAGGUGAGUGCCACGAUGAGGAGCAUCACGCUGUCCUGGCCCCAGCCCGAGCAGCCCAACGGGAUCAUCCUGGACUACGAGAUCCGCUACUACGAGAAGCUGAGCCGCAUCUGCACGCCCGACGUCGGCAGCUCCGUGGGCGCCAGGCCGGCACCGGACCACAACGAGUACAACUCCUCCAUGGCCCGGAGCCAGACCAACACGGCGCGGAUCGAGGGGCUGCGGCCCGGCAUGGUGUACGUGGUGCAGGUGCGGGCCCGCACCGUGGCCGGCUACGGCAAGUACAGCGGGAAGAUGUGCUUCCAGACCCUGACGGACGACGACUACAAGUCGGAGCUGAGGGAGCAGCUGCCGCUGAUCGCGGGGUCCGCGGCGGCCGGGGUGGUCUUCAUCGUCUCACUGGUGGCCAUUUCCAUCGUCUGCAGCAGGAAGCGAGCCUACAGCAAGGAAGCUGUGUACAGUGAUAAACUGCAGCACUACAGCACCGGCCGAGGGUCUCCGGGGAUGAAGAUCUACAUCGACCCCUUCACCUACGAGGACCCCAACGAGGCAGUCCGGGAGUUCGCCAAGGAGAUCGAUGUGUCCUUUGUGAAGAUAGAAGAAGUCAUUGGAGCAGGGGAGUUUGGAGAAGUGUACAAGGGCCGCCUGAAGUUGCCGGGCAAGCGGGAGAUCUACGUGGCCAUCAAAACGCUGAAAGCCGGUUACUCGGAGAAGCAGCGGCGGGACUUCCUGAGCGAGGCCAGCAUCAUGGGGCAGUUCGACCACCCCAACAUCAUCCGCCUGGAGGGCGUGGUGACCAAGAGCCGGCCGGUCAUGAUCAUCACCGAGUUCAUGGAGAACGGCGCCUUGGACUCCUUCCUGCGGCAAAACGACGGGCAGUUCACAGUGAUCCAGCUGGUGGGAAUGCUCAGAGGGAUCGCUGCUGGGAUGAAGUACCUCGCGGAGAUGAAUUACGUGCACCGGGAUCUGGCUGCCAGGAACAUCCUGGUCAACAGCAACCUGGUGUGCAAAGUGUCCGACUUCGGCCUCUCGCGCUACUUGCAGGAUGACACGUCUGACCCCACCUACACCAGCUCCUUGGGGGGUAAGAUCCCUGUCAGGUGGACGGCACCAGAGGCCAUCGCCUACCGCAAGUUCACCUCGGCCAGCGACGUCUGGAGCUACGGCAUCGUCAUGUGGGAGGUGAUGUCGUUUGGGGAGAGGCCCUACUGGGACAUGUCCAACCAAGAUGUGAUCAACGCCAUCGAGCAGGAUUACCGGCUGCCCCCGCCCAUGGACUGCCCCGCCGCCCUGCACCAGCUCAUGCUGGACUGCUGGCAGAAGGACCGCAACACCCGCCCGCGCUUCACCGAGAUCGUCAACACCCUCGACAAAAUGAUCCGCAACCCGGCAAGCCUCAAAACUGUGGCUACCAUCACCGCUGUGCCUUCUCAGCCCCUCCUCGACCGCUCCAUCCCCGACUUCACUGCCUUUACCUCAGUAGACGACUGGCUGAGUGCUGUGAAGAUGAGCCAGUACCGGGACAGCUUCCUGACCGCUGGCUUCACCUCCCUGCAGCUGGUUGCCCAGAUGACGUCCGAAGACCUCCUGAGAAUAGGGGUGACUUUGGCUGGGCACCAGAAGAAGAUCCUGAACAGCGUCCAGUCCAUGCGAGUACAGAUGAGCCAGUCUCCGACCUCGAUGGCAUGACGUCCCUUGUUUGACGGGGAGGGGCGGGGAGGGCACGCAGAGGAGGGGCAGAGGUGGGAGGGGAGGAACUGGCAGGUGCCAAUGGGGCAGUGUUUGGGAAGGAGCCGCCGCUGCCUGAGGACUGUGACCGCAGACGAAGGAUGUUCCUGGGACUCGUCUCUAACUGGUGACUUCCGUUCCUCACCAACAGAAGCACACUUAGCAAUGUCAUGGGGAACAGCGUAUAAAUACAUAUAAAUAUGUACAAAUCAUAUAUUUAAAAAGCAAAGCAAAACAAAAAAA